GGAAAAUAAAAUCAAAAGAUUACACUAAUAAAAACUUAAAAAAUAGAGCCUACGACGAGUUACUGACAGUGUGUAAGAAUAUUAAUCCAGAAGCCAAUCGGGAUUUUGUAGUUAAAAAAAUACAAAGUUUUAGAGGAUCUUUUCGAAAAGAGUUAAAGAAAGUUGAAGAUUCCAAAAGAAGUGGGAAAUCUGCAGAUGAUGUACAUGUUCCAACCUUGUGGUAUUAUCAUUUGCUGGAAUUCACGGUGGACCAAGAACUUCCCACAGAUAGCAUUAGCAAUUUUAACAAUACCGGAGUUAAUGAUGAUUUAGAUAGUACAACUGGUGAUAUUACAGAUGAGGGCUGUUCAAAUACACUAAUUCAAAACAUAAUCAAUAAUGAUUUUAAUGAUGAUAAUACCAGAGUUGAACAAACUGCAACAAAACUUUUUACUUCCAUUCCUUCUGUACCGCAAAAAAAAAAAACGUAAAGCUAUUGAUCGCCAAAAUGAUUUUUUAAAACUAUGUUCAGAAGCGUUAUCCAAAGAUGACAUCGACGAAUAUGACGCCAUUGGGAUAAAUGUUGCUUCAAAAUUGAAAAGAAUGGAUCCAACUCAAUCUAUACAUGCAGAUUUACUCAUAAAUAAAGUAUUAACACAGGGGUUAUUAGGAAACUUAACAUCUGAAUUUGAUAUUUGUAAUAAGUCAACAGUCCAGCAACAUUUUGAAAAUCAAAAUCUCAGCCAAAUUCCUACUAAUUUUUCAAAUUAUUCAUAUAAUUAUGAUAGACCUACAUCAAACUCUACAACUAUAUCAAGUCCAUCACCGUCCAUUCAAGACAACAUAAAUACGAUAUCAAUUGAAAAAUAUCCUACAUCUUACAUACAGUGAUUUGGGUUAAACUUAUUUUAUAUUUAAAUAAAAUUUAAGGUACAUUUUUGUUUUAUAUUUUUAUUUUGUUA